CUAUUUACUUGUCGGCUCUUCCUGAACGAGCCAAAAUUUUAGCUGUUGAGUUUCUGUUCUUGUCCUCUGGAAUUUAAAUUAUUAUUUUGAAGUAGUUUUACUAUUAUCACGUCACACAAAAUGGAUUCAAGCCCAGCAAAUAAGUUCAAGUGCCUUCAUUGCUCAUUGACGUUUAAAUACAAAAGUUUGUAGUAAGAUUUUGAAGACCCCUUACAUGUUGUCUCGUCACGUGGCACUAAUGCACACCAACCGGAUCCGACCUGCUUGCAAUAUUUGUAACAAGACUUUGUCGAACCAGAAAAAUUUACGGAACCACAUUGACUUCGUCCACAACAAGAAGGAACAACCUCGUUUUCCUUGUGGGUUUCCUGGCUGUGAAAUAACCUAUCUUUACAAGAGUGAUGUUUUGAAACACGUGAGAGCUGAACAUGCCGAGAAUCCGGUCCGAUAUCCGUGCACACUUUGUGGAAAAGAUUUCAAAACGAGGACUGACCUUGGGCAGCACAUUUACACCCACACGACUGAGAAGCCUUUUAAGUGUGCCACUUGUGGGAAGAGUUUCGCCUUCAGGAAAGUCUUGAGAAAUCACAAGAGGACGCAUAUUCAAAAGUCCAGCCGAGAAACACUCAAAUGUCAGCUUUGUCUGCAGACUUUCCUCACUAGAAACGGAUUGCAGGGCCACGAUCUUGUUAUUCAUCAAAAUCGGAGGAAUUAUCGCUGCACAUUUUGCGACAAGAGUUUCGGGGGUGCUACAGAUUUGAAGCGCCACGUGGAAGUAAAACACAACACGGAUAAGGAUGUCAAGAUUUAUGCCUGCGACAAAUGCGAGUACAAGAGUCAUUUGAAACGGUAUCUAGCAAAACACAUGGGACGUCAUAAUAUCGAGAAUCGGAUUGAUUGCUACUUUUGUGCGAAGCAGUUUGUCCGUUUCCAGGAAUUAGUGCAGCACAGUAGAGUUCAUACUUUAGAGAAGUAAAAAUUAAUAACCUCUGAUGAAAUCUGUUCCCUAAAAAUUAUGUAUGUUCUUUCUUGGUACCUGUAGUAGUCGUAGUAAUUGUGACGCGUUGUUAAGAUAAUUGAUGGUUAGCUUAGAUUCUAUUACCCAGCAUUUCAGUGAGAGAUAUAUGUGACAAAUUUUAUAAUGCUUUUCCAAAAUUGUAAUAAAAUAAAAUAGACGCAGAACUUUA